UUAAAAUAAUAAGAUAAAAAAGUGUCAAUAAAAAAUAUAUAUGUAUAUAAUAAAAAAAAUAAAAAAUAAAUAUAGAAAUAAAGUGAAAUAUUAAAAAAAAAAUACGGUGACUACUCAAUCGGGUCUAGAAAAUUGACAAGGAACUUUUCUACUAACAAUUUAUUCGCAAACUAUAAAGCGAUCAAGAUUCAUGACUUUAGAAAUAGGUUUCGUUAAAUCUUAUGGAUACGGUUCGGUACGGUACAAUAAAUAUACUAAUUCUUUACCGCGAUAAUCGAAUAUACCUCGCAAAGCCCUGUGGAUACGGUACGCGCGAUUUAUUUGUAACGAAAUCAUUUUUUAGUGUUAACGAUAAUUUCGAUCGUAAUAAUAUUUGAGUAGCAAACAUUUUUCAUAAAUUAAUCUAAUACAAUAAAAAAAUAGUGCAAUUAAUUUAAUAAAAAAUUUGUAAAAAUAUUUGCAAAAUAAAAGAAAUCCAAGUAUUUCUUAUGGCCUUUUUAAAUUUAAUAAAAUAUAUCAAAAUGUGUGUGUUAAAAAGAAAUUGUAGUCUUAUCUAAUGCUCAGUAAAGUGUAUGUCAAGAAUAGAAUGUACAAUACCGGACUUAUGCAACUAGCACAUUGCCAACUAGGCUACCAGCCAAUAAGUAGAUACGAAAAUAUUUCCCGCAAGUUUCACCAAUUCAACAGUUUCAAAAAAAAUGAUAUUCAUCAGUUGGUCGAAAUGUCUCUUAAAUCUCUUUGAUGGUGGUUUACAUUUUUGUUGGUCGUUCGGUUGCUUGGUUGGCGGAAGAAAUAUAUGCACAGAUGCAUCCAACAUUUAUUUAUUGUUAUUGUUACACUAGAGAUUGCUGCUGCUGCUGUUGCUGGCAACAUCAAUGGCUCAACAGCAAUGGGCCUUCAAGAUAUUGGACUCCACAAACUCCCACACACUGUUCAUUAUUUCUUUGGAAGGCAGAUGACUGAGUGUGUGGGAGUAAGAUUUUUUGUUAAGACCGAUCCCAGAUGGCUUGAAAAAUUUGACCAAUGCAAGUUUGUUGCUGUAGUCUAUCUAUUUCAUGGGAGCACUGAUGAUCACAUUAUUUGCAAUAACAAGAUCUUGGCAAUAAAAUGUCAUUUUCUGCAUCCACUCUUCUGUAUAGAACAGCUAAAUGGCAAACUUAAAUGGUUAAUAGCACAGGCAUGUCGCGGCAACCUGGAGGGUGAUGACAUCGAUACAGAUGGAGAUAUAGAAAAUAAAUUUUUGAAUUAUUAUAUGAUUUCCUAUUGCACUACCGAAGGAACACUAAGUUAUCAGUUUGAUAAUAGAGGUAAAAUUUUCAUACAAUAUAUAUGUGAAGAACUUGCUAAUAAUGCCGAUAAUGACUGCAUGACAUCACUGGUUACAAUGAUGAAUAAUGUAAAUAAGAAAAUUUACCAAUAUGGCAUUAAAAUGGAUACUAAGCAUUUUCCACGAUCUGAAUUCUAUAAAAAUUUUCAAGAUUAUUACUUUGGUCUGUAUUAAAUUCAGAAAUAUUCUUAUUUAAAACACAAUAAUAAUAAAAUGUUAAAUAUUUUUGAAAUACCUAAAUUAUGUUAGAGCUUUUUAUUAUAGCUUAUUCUAUUUUAGAGAAAGGAAAAAACGAACCCCCAACAUAACAAUUUUUAGUGCAACUUUGAACAGAUUAGCUCAAAAUCAUUUUUUGUUUAGAUAGGUAUAACGACAGGAAGUCUGAAAGGUCAUUAAAUGAAAUGCUUCAAAGAUUGAGUUUGAUUAAAGACGAACAAAUAUAUAAUAUAUAUUGGAGGCUUAUAGAAACCAAAAUCCGUUUUCAAAUGAAAUCAAUUUUCUUAAGAACUGCAUGCUUCAAAUCUUUAAAACUUUUAUCAGAUAUUUUUUCGUCAAGCAAUAUCGGUUCAUAGUAGCCCCCUAAUCAAUAGAAUAGUAAGUCUACAGGUUUAUUAGUAGAACACUCAAUAACUAAUCCAAUGGUUCAUAGACUAUAGUCUAGUCCAAGGGACUAGACUGUGGUAUUUUUAUGAGGGCAGGUAAAAAUAUCGCUCGUGAUCACUCGAAUGAAAAUAUAAAUUGCGUAAAUUUGAGAU